AUGUCAAGCAACAAGUCUCCUACUGCUCUAGAAUAUAGUGUACAUAAAACCAGCGCCGAAUACAUAAACAUAAGCACCGGCCCUGACCAACGAACCAAGAGGCGCAAAUAUGAAAACCUCGAUGAAAGCCUCAUAUUUGUGUCUUUUGGGGUGGAGACCUUGGGGCCGUGGGGCCCGGGGGCUCGAGCUCUCUUCGAGGAAAUUUCGAAAAGGGUGGACACCGGGCCUAACCCGUUGCGGGAUAGCGUGGGUGACGUGUGGGUGUACGGGGCGUCCCCCCGCCUCAUACCCCGAUUGCCAUCUAGACCUGGCGUGCAGUUGCCGCAAACAAAGGACCCUUCACCCUGCGGAGCUUUGGAGGCUCCCCUCUCGCUAGAGACCCCAGGCGAGUCGGAACCGUGCCCACCGCAUGCACUCACAUCUAUUCCUGGCAGUGAAUCUUUGCUCAACGACCUGGGCUACGCCAGCGCCAUCGCAAGUGCCAGUUCCAGUGCCAGUGCCAGCGCCAGCGUCAAUAAUGUGUCGCACCAAUACAAGUCUACUCUUCACGUGCCAUUCCACGCGCAGUCACCCCUGGCACCCGUAUCCGUCUCGAGUAGUUCUUCCAGCUCCAUCGAUGAAGACCUGUCUACUCUUCACGUGCCAUUCCACGCGCAGUCACCCCUGGCACCCGUAUCCGUCUCGAGUAGUUCUUGCAGCUCCAUCGAUGAAGACCUGUCUACUCUUCACGUGCCAUUCCACGCGCAGUCACCCCUGGCACCCGUAUCCGUCUCGAGUAGUUCUUGCAGCUCCAUCGAUGAAGACCUGUCUACUCUUCACGUGCCAUUCCACGCGCAGUCAUCCCCAGCACCUGUAUCCGACUCGAGUUCCAGUUUUUCUAGUUCCAUUAAUGAAGAACUGUCUCUUCUUCACGUGAAAUUCGAUGCGCAGUCACCCCCAACGUCCGUGUCCAUUUCAAGUUGCAGUUCCUCCAAUUCCAUCAAUGAAGAAUUGUCUCCUCUUCACGUGCAAUUCCACGCGCAGUCACCCCCAACGCCCGUGUUAAUCUCGAGUUCCAGUUCUUCUAGUUCCGACGAUGAAGAACUGUCCAUCACCCAAGCGGGACACCCUAACGGACUUUGGCGCUGGGUUAUAGUAUUCGCCGCAUUCAAUGUCAACCUCAUUGCCGAUGGCAUCAAACUCAAUUUUGGAUUAUUCUUCCCAGAUUUCCUUGACUACUUCGGCGAAAGAAAAGAAAAAGCGGCGAGAAUCACCGAAAUAUUCAUAGCGAUGCCACUCCUGUGCGGUCCAAUCGCCAGUUUCUUAACAGACAAGUACGGCUGCCGACGAAUGACGAUUUUUGGCUCGUUUUUGGCAGCGUUAGGGUUCAUUACUUCUGCCUUUGUGGACAACAUGGAGACUUUUAUGUUCACAUACGUAAUCAUGGCUGGAUUCGGCCUGAGUCUAUGCUAUGUAGCAGCGGUAGUGAUCGUCGCAUACUACUUUGGAAAUAAGUGUGCCUUAGCCACCGGUUAUUCUAUGUGUGGUAGCGGGAUUGGUACAUUCAUAUUUGCUCCAUUGAUAAAUGAUUGGCUGGAUAAGUAUGGAUGGCGCGGAACUACUAUAAUACUCGCUGGACCUUUAUUAAACAUGGUGGUGUGUGGUUUGUUGUUCCGUGAGCUGCCGUGGAUGAUCACGAUGAAUGAAGACAGAGCGAAACAAAGACAACGUAGACGAGACACAAACAGUAAGAGUAGUGCUGCUGGGUCUACUAAAGCGACGACGAACGCUGUAGACAUUGAAGCAGUAACGACGUCGAUAGUGCCACAAUAUAGCUCCUUAGUCGACUUACCGACCUACAUGACUGGAGACGAAGGAGUGUCGCUUGAAACGUUUGAACUGAUGUUUUCUAGAGGUCGUGCGUACGGAAUGUUAGCACAGAAUCAUCCUGGCACCUCACGAAGUUUCAGCGACAGUGGGCGAUUGCAUGAAUUGUCCCCUCCGAAGACUUUGAUGUCCCCUGAAAUUACAUCCCCUAAUAAUUCAGUUCCCAGUGCACCAGAGAUCAAUGGAAUCACACAGCUGAAUAAUAAUGCAGCUUUGUGGUUAUUGAAACAGAUGCAACGGUACGCCGGCCUGUGUUGGGACCUGCUCGUUGACAUACUGGGCUUUUCGCUCUUGCUCAACCCGGCUUUCCUCGUGUUCGCGGUGUCCUAUUUCCUGCUGCACAUGUGGAACAGCAUGCCGCAUAUGUACAUCGCGGACAACAAUCUCGGCAUGACCUUAGACGAUUAUUCCACCCUGACAUCCAGCAUGAGUUUAAUAAGCAUCUUGAGCGAAAUCCUUCUCGGAUGGAUAGGCAACAGCGAAUGUGUGAGCCCGAUCCAAGUCUACGCGGUGUGCAUGAUCCUGUGCGGCCUCGUAACAGCCAUCAUGCCUCUGCUGACCACGUACCUGGGCCUCGGCAUCGCUUCGCGGGCCUUCAGCAUCUUCUUCGCGGCCAACUACAGCCUCACCGGCGUCAUCCUGGUGGAACAGGUCACGCUGGAAAAGUUCACCAAAGCGUACGGCUUACUGUUGUUCGUUCAUGGACUGGCCAGCUUCACUGUACCUCCAUUGAUUGAAUGGAUAUUCGAGAUCACCAAUAACUAUGACCUCUUGUGCUAUCUGGCGGGAGGGUUCAUGGGCCUAUCCGGCCUAAUCCUGGUAGUUUUACCGCUUUACAACGCUGUGCGCCGCCGCGACAAACCAAGGUCCACCGACCGGUCUGCCAACAUAUCAACCAACAUGUCAGUUAACAAAUCUGCCAGUUACUAUGAAAUGCAUAGUAUAUCAAACACAAACGUGAUGGGAAGCUAA